AUGCCAUUCCUUCUCCUGUUGCACUGCCACCACCACUACCACCUCUGCCUCUCUCUGUGUAUCUGUCUCUGUGUCUCUGUGUCUGUCUCUGUCUCUGUGUCUGUCUCUGUGUCUGUCUCUGUGUCUGUGUCUGUCUCUGUGUCUGUCUCUGUCUCUGUCUCUGUCUCUGUGUCUCUCUGUGUCUCUGUCUCUGUUCUGUCUCUGUCUCUGUCUCUGUCUCUGUGUCUGUGUCUGUCUCUGUCUCUGUCUCUGUCUCUGUCUCUGUCUCUGUCUGUCUCUGUCUCUCUGUCUCUGUCUCUGUCUCUGUCUCUCUCUGUCUCUGUCUCUGUCUCUCUGUCUCUGUCUCUGUCUCUGUCUCUCUCUGUCUCUGUCUCUGUCUCUCUGUCUCUGUCUCUGUCUCUGUCUCUGUCUCUGUCUCUCUUUUGUUUGUUGUUGUGUAACAAAUACCCACCCGCGCGUCAUCUCUCUGACCAAAAACAAUUCAUCUCUCUCUCUCUCUCUCUCUCUCUCUCUCUCUCUCUCUCUCUCUCUCUCUCUCUCUCUCUCUCUCUCUCUCUCUCUCUCUCUCUCUCUCUCUCUCUCUCUCUCUCUCUCUCUCUCUCUCUCUCUCUCUCUCUCUCUCUCUCUCUCUUUCUCUCUCUCUCUCCCUGUCUCUCUCUCUCUCUGAUUUUUUUUUUCCAUCACAGGGCAACGAGCGCCAGCUUUCACCAGCCCAAGGCGGUGACCACGACUGUGUGCCUGAUAGAGUCGGUCCGCACGCAACUGCCACUCUGGCCUGCACUGCCCCGGGCGGUUGCGCGCCUGAGUCAAAAGGCCACCCAUGUCUAUCAGCACCGACCAGCACCGCUUGCCUCUUUGCGCUGGGUCCAUACUAGUCACAGCCGCGACGAACCCAGCAACCGUGUCCCACCCCAACACUUUGAUGACCUGCAAGAUCGCGUAGCCGCAGACAAAGUGUGGACCGUACCCAACCUCUUGACCGCCUCUCGCAUCGCCCUCAGUCCCGUUCUUGGAUAUUGGAUUGUGUGCGGAAGCGCCAAGCUUGCCCUCGGCUUUUACGGCAUUGCCGCAUUCUCAGACUGGUUGGACGGUGCCAUCGCACGCCAAUGGCCAUCCCAGCGAUCCAUUUGGGGCUCUGUUCUCGAUCCCCUGGCUGACAAGGUUUUAAUCAUCGUGUCUGCUGGCAGCUUAUUUUGGUCGGGCCUCUUGCCAGCGACGGUCGCGGCGGUAUGGGUGGUGAAGGAUGCUUUGAUGAUCGCCACGGCGGCCGAGACACGCUAUAAGAGCCUUCAGCAACGCCUGGGCCACACUCCUUCCCUCAAACUGUACCUGGACAUGAAGCAACCCACCAUGGAAGUUAAACCACUGAUGUUGGGCAAGAUCAACACGACUUUGCAGUUUGGCAGCGUCAUGCUUGCGCUAUUUUAUGCCGCUUGGCCCGACGCGCUUGCAUCUCUACCUGCCGGGACCAUGGAGACAGUAUGGGAUUUCACGUGCGUCUCAGCGAUAGCCACCGGAGUCAUGUACGUGCGUCACCGAAAUCGGACCCUGGUCACGGUCACGCGAGAGGACGGCUCGCCCCAAAGCACAACCAAGUGA